GGCCGGAAGGAGGUGGAAACUCCUGCAUCCUACGGGAGUGCCCGCAGACGCGCGUGGUAAGAGAGCGCGUGGCUGUUAUAGAGGCUUGUUGCUGGAGCGCGUGGCUCGUGCGCGGAAGUCAGAGGUGACCGAAAGCCUGACGUCGCUGUAGAAGCUGAGACCGCGAGCUAUGGUGGGGAGAUCCCGGCGGCGAGGAGCGGCCAAGUGGGCAGCUGUGCGAGCUAAGGCAGGUCGCGACCCAGCGGACGAAAAUGAUGACAAUUUGGAAUCUCCACCCUCACCAGGGGACUCCAGCUACUACCAAGAUAAGGUAGAUGAUUUCCAUGAGGCCCGAUCUCGGGCCGCCUUGGCUAAGGGAUGGAGCGAAGUGGAGAGUGGGGACGAGGAGGAGGAUGGCGAUGAGGAGGAGGUGCUUGCCCUAGAUAUCGCCGAUGAGGACGAUGAAGAGAGUGCGGGGAAUGAGGAGGAUGACGAUGAUGAUGGUGGGAGCUCCAUGCAGAGUGAGGCUGAGGCCUCGGUGGAUCCCAGUUUGUCGUGGGGUCAGAGGAAAAAACUUUACUACGACACGGACUAUGGUUCCAAGUCCCGAGGCCGGCAGAGUCAACAAGAAGUAGAGGAAGAGGAAAGAGAGGAGGAGGAGGAGGCACAGCUCAUUCAGCGGCGUUUAGCCCAAGCUCUGCAAGAGGACGAUUUUGGAGUUACCUGGGUGGAGGCCUUUGCAAAACCAGUACCUCAGGUAAAUGAGGUUGAGACACGGGUCGUGAAGGAUUUGGCGAAAGUUUCAGUGAAAGAGAAGCUGAAGAUGCUGCGAAAGGAAUCACCAGAGCUCUUGGAGCUGAUAGAUGACCUGAAAGUUAAGUUGACAGAGGUGAAGGAUGAGCUGGAGCCAUUGCUGCAGUUGGUGGAGCAAAAGAUCAUUCCACCUGGAAAAGGAAGCCAAUACCUGAGGACCAAAUACAACCUCUAUUUGAACUACUGCUCCAACAUCAGUUUUUAUCUGAUCCUGAAAGCUAGGAGAGCCCCUGCACAUGGACAUCCUGUCAUAGAAAGGCUUGUUACGUACCGAAAUUUGAUCAACAAGCUGUCAGUUGUGGAUCAGAAGCUGUCCUCUGAGAUUCGUCAUCUGCUCACACUUAAAGAUGGUGCUGGAAAGGAGGAACUGAAUCUAAAAGCAAAAUCCACAAAGGCCAAGCCAAAAUCUGUUUCUGCUGUUGCUGCCUCCGCUGUUACAGACCUUUCUGAUGAUUCUGAUUUUGAUGAAGCUGCACUGAAAUACUAUAAAGAAAUAGAAGACAGACAAAAAUUGAAGAGAAAGAAAGAAGAUAGUACUGAAGAACAGGCUCCUGAAGUUCAAAAUGCAAAGAGAGCCAUUACCUAUCAGAUUGCUAAAAAUAGGGGACUUACACCUAGGAGAAAGAAGAUUGAUCGGAAUCCCAGAGUGAAACACCGGGAGAAGUUCAGAAGAGCCAAAAUUCGCAGAAGAGGCCAGGUUCGUGAAGUUCGUAGAGAAGAGCAACGUUAUAGUGGUGAACUAUCUGGCAUUCGUGCAGGAGUUAAAAAGAGCAUUAAGCUUAAAUAAAGUUUUUGCUUAGCUUAAGUUUUUUGGCGAUAAUUUUGGAUCAAUAAAUUUUUAUUUUUACUGGUGA